AAGUGCACGCUUCUAUAUGUACACACACACACACACACACAACACACCUACAAGAGCCAGAAGUGAGGACCUGUGGCCCCCCAUCCCGGAAAAACACAAGAGUCAGAGACCAUGAUCAAACGCAAACUGAGCUUCAAGUGGUUUGGUAGCCUCACCAACCUCCGGCGUAAAUCGGAUGCCCAGAAGGAGGACAGAUCCGUCAAAGAGCUGGCCGCUGACGAUAUGGGCAUGAGUCCACGGAGCCAGAGCUACGCCAGCUCCAGUGAAAUGUACACGCACAUGGGUACCAUGCCACGUCACCCGAAGAAGGACAAAGGCUUGAAGAAGAGCAAGUCCAAGGACAAGGACAAGGACAAGAACAACCUCAGUCGGAGUCAAAGCACGAGACCUUCACAAGACCAUGUGUUUGAUUCACCCCUUCUCAGCGUACUUCAGGGCCUGGAGGUCCUGGAAAACCCCAUUAUGGAGGACAAGUUAACUGCUGGGACUAGAGACAGUCACAUCCAGUAUCGUGACCUUCCAACUCCACCAACUGUGGAUGGACACUCAACAAAGCUGGAAGAUGAACAUAAGGAGCCUGUAGCUGACUCCAAGAUACAUGUCGAUCCACCGAGUGCAUAUCUAGAGCCUUCACCCGAUCUAUGUUUGAGCAAAGAGUCAAACGUCCAGCCAAUCCUGCCCAGGAAAAAACAUAGAGAAGAUACCUCUGUGAAGGGUGCUGGGAUGGACAGUGACUUGAUUCAGUUGCCUCUGAAGAUGAGCAGCCAGAUGGAGCAGAAGACCGCAGUUAGAGAGGAUCCUGAUAUAGAAUCAGACUGUACACAGGAAAAGAUGGAGCCUAACAGACAGCUGGACACCACAGACAACCAAGGAGAAUACGUGGAAUUCUCCAAGGAGAAGUACCUGCUGGAGUCGCCCCCGGAGAAGCUCAGGAAGGAGCUGGAGGAGGAACUCAAACUCAGUAGCAGUGACAUGAGGAGCCACGGCUGGUACCAUGGCCAUAUUCCACGAGAGGCUUCAGAAACGUUGGUUCUACGAAGCGGCGACUUCCUCGUACGGGACUCCCUGUCGACCGUGGGCGACUAUGUGCUCACGUGUCGCUGGCAACAGGAAGUGAUCCACUGUCGGAUCAGUAAAGUCCUGGUCAAAAGCGGACAAACCAAAAUCCAGUACAUGCUGGAGCAUGAGAGCUUCGACUCUGUCCCCACACUGGUCAGGCACCAUGCUGGCACGGGUCGCCCCGUGUGCCCGCGCACCGGAGCCCAACUGCUGUGUCCGGUCAACCGAACGCUGCCGCUGAGGUACCUGGAGGCGACGUUUGCUUUAGCUGGUGGAAGACCAGGAUCUGCACAUUCACCAUCGGCCCAGAGGGGGGCGCACAUCAAGAGGCGCAGUGUUACUAUGACCGAUGGACUGACCACAGAGAAGAUCAUUCCUCACAGUGCCGCCCAGUCUGCAGAGCCAGAUGAGCCUCAGACAGUCGAGCCAGAGGUGAAACCAGCGGAGGGCAGCAGCUGCCCCUCUACGGUGCACCAUAAGGAUGCGAUGAGGAACUGUGCCAUGAGCAUGGAUCAGAUCCAAGAGUACCGCUGCCCGCUGUCCCCUGUGGGGGAAACCCCUCUGUCCCCUGCCUACAGCUCCAUUUCCCGCCACAGGCAUGGCUCAGGUGGGCGUGUCCUCGCCGUGAUCCCGCCCUCUCCAGUGAUGCGGCGCUCCAGCGAUCCUCAUCUCUCGCCGUCCUCCUCCAAUAACAACCUCCCCUGCUCGGACACGCCCCCUAGCACAUACUCCACGCCUGCCCACGGGUACUCAUCCGAGAGUUCGGAGCAGGGCGGCAGCUACUGCGAGCUGAGACCCGGACAAGCCCCCACUCCUCCCUGCAAGAGCUACGUGGAGAGGCUGAGGGUGGAGGAGGGCCAAACCCCGGGCCCUGGAGCCCCAGAUGGGGUGGAGGGCUUCAUGCUCCCCCUGGUGGAGACCAGCUCCUCCUUCAUGCCGGGGAAAUACCAGUCCACUCUUCUGCCAGCUGAGAAUAAACCUCUGGAGAUGAGUGUGUUGAAGAGGGUGAAGGAGCUGCUGGCGGAGGUGGAUCCCAAAACAGCCGCCAAGCACAUCACCAUGGCCGACUGCAUGGUUGCUAGGAUACUGGGCGUUACCAAGGAGAUGCAGAGGAUGAUGGGAGUGAGCUCAGGCCUGGAGUUGCUGACUCUUCCUCAUGGACACCAGCUGAGACUGGAUCUGCUGGAGAGGUUUUACACCAUGUCUAUAAUGAUGGCGGUGGACUUGUUGGGCUGUACGGGCAGCACAGAGGAGAGAGCCGCGCUCCUGCAUAAAACCAUCCAGCUGGCGGCUGAACUCAAGAGCAACAUGGGCAACAUGUACGGGUUCGCUGCGGUCAUGAGAGCCCUGGAGCUGCCGCAGAUCUCACGGCUGGAGCAGACGUGGAUAACCCUGAGACAGAGACACACAGAAGGGGCCAUCCUCUAUGAGAAGAAGCUCAAGCCGUUCCUCAAGGCCAUGAAUGAUGGGAAAGAGAGCUGUGUCCUCUCCAACACCUCUUUCCCUCACGUGGUGCCGGUGUUGUCCCUGCUGGAGCGCGGUGUGGCGGCCGGGGAGGCGCUGGAGUCGUGGGAGAGCGUGGAGUCUGGUGUGGACGUGGUCAUGAGUCACCUGGAGGCGGCGCGCACCAUCGCUCACCACGGGGGACUGUACCGCACCAACACUGAGAGCAAACUACAGGAUUUCCAGGAGCGGAAGGAGGUUCUGGAAAUCUUCUGUACAGAGUUUCAGAUGAGGCUUUUAUGGGGCAGUCGUGGCUCGGAAGGAAGUCAGGCCGAGCGCUAUGAGAAGUUUGACAAGGUCCUCACCGCUCUGUCCCACAAGCUAGAACCUCCUGUACGACACAGUGAAUUAUAGCACCCCCACCCCCACAAAAUGGUAUGUUCCCUGACCCAUCUGCCACUCCUACUCCUGGAUCGGACCAUUAUGCUUUUCUUUUUUUUGGGGGGGGGGGGCCUUACAGGCAGCGAUGGAGAACAUGACAAUGAGGGACUCAUGCAAAACAAUGCACAAAAGGGGACAGGCUUUAUGCGAGCAUGAUAGCGCCCCCUAAAGAACACAACGUGAACUACACGGCAAGGGAAUGAAAUAAAAAUCUAAAGCCAAAAUCUCUUCUUCAGUGACGGUGACCAAGGGCACUUCCUUUUCAAAAAGAGAGAAUGUGAUGAAGUUGACUUUAACCCAAAUGGGUCUGAAUCCUGUUUCAUGUGAAUCCACGAUUUUGUUCCCAUCAGCUUCGAAGAGCAAAGAUGUCUUGCAGAGGUGACGCGUCUCCGUACCGGAGAUGAGACUGCACUGACGUUACAUAGUCACCAUUUAUUGCUGGAAUAGACUGAACACUCACUCACUUGUCACAUGUCUGAAUGUAAGUUGCCAAAUCAUUCAUUCAAACGGAUAUCUGCUGGAUAAAGAGUCUUAUUUUUGACUUUUUUUCGGUACUGUCAUGACUUUAUUGGUCGAAAUGGAGUUGACAGUUACUGUGAGGAAUUGGGCCUUCAUUUUUGAGUGUCUAACAGAUGCUCACAUUCACACUCUCCAAGUUUAUUUUUGUCUAAAGGGGUCAUAUCAAAGUUUCCUUUGUGUUUGGAAUAGGGUUCAUUUUGUAACUUUCAGAACAUAAAACUCCAGUGCAAAGAGAGCAUUUAUUGAAACUAAAUAGCAAAAUUGGGUACUGACUCCUGAAGUUCAUUAGCAUAAGACCGCCCACUUUACACAUCAACAUUAC